AGCUUUUCACCGGAGCAAAGUUGAACAUAAUAUCGACGUCUUUGUGUAACGAAGAAAAAUAGAAUAAAAUGAGGUGGACAAAUGUGUGGAUUGAGCAAAGUGUGCAUUUCCUAUACGUGGUUGAAAUUUGUAUUUAGAAAGAAGAUUAUGCACUCAUCGUCACUGAAAAUUGUGUUCCACAUUUCAAAGUUCACACUCGUUUGAGCAAGACGAGAUAGUAAGAGUGAAACCCGAACGGAUCGAAAAUAAAUUGUGUGCCCACAUCGGUUUGACAGUAAAUCAUACGCAACGGCGACGACAUAGUUUCUUUGGCGGGCGAUACAGAAGGAGUAUUAUAAUUUCAUCGUUUUGCAAAACAAGCAUAUUUCCGAAAUUAUUUUUGUAUCGUUGGAUUUUAAUUCAUCAGCACAUGAUUGUGUGAGGCGAAAGUUUUUCGAGAAGGAAAAAAAAAUUAGAUUAACAGAAACAACAAGAAAUAUUUCGAAUAAAAACUUCAGAAAAAUUUACUGAAUGUUAGCGCAAUGAAACGAGUCGCAGCUAAAUUUAAACAUUGAAACAAUUAUACUACCAGACACGCCCAACAGAUGGUGUUUAUAACGAACAUACACGCGAACAUAUGCACACACAUUCGUAACUAUACACACGAUCGAUCUAUGUGUUUGACGUACUUAAAACAUCAAAUAUAUUCGUUGUUCGAAACGUCAAUUGGCAACAGUAAUGAAAUAAUAUCUACGAAAAAAUUAAAUUACAUCGAAAUUAAAUCAAUACGGAAAAUAAAUUUGAUUUUAAAACUAAACGUAAUCCAGUAUGGUAAUAGAGACAGUGGACAAACAACACGAAUGGAAACUAUUUUUAAACAUUUGCUGCUGCUGCUGCUGAUCGGAACCGAAUGUGUUAAAUAGAGAAAUAUACAGACAAGAAGUAAAGAAGAUAUGGAAGAAGCAAGGGAGGGAACAGAAGUUGAACAGCAAAUAACGAGUAGUAGUGGCCAAAAUAUGAGCGGAACGGGAAAAAAACGGGGACAUCAACAUCACAUUCGACAUAGUGGCAGCAGAACAUCAAAUGUACGUGCAGAUGAAGUAAUUGCUGCAUUACGUAGAGGCGAUCAAUUGCCCGUUACACAAAAUAUUCAACAAUAUUCAGAUAUUGAACGGUCGACUCUGGACUUUAGUGAUAUCGAUAUGGUUUUGACUAAAGACAACAGUUCAUUGCAUAGCAAGCUACUUGUUUGUGAUACAAAUGAAACAGCUCAAUGUAAUGAAACGACUGAUAAAAAUGGCAACAAAAAUAAUGCAAACACCAUCAACGAUACCAAACACAUUACGCUUAUCGACGAUUUAAACAAAAAUAAUAGAUUAGGUAGCCUGAUGUUAAAAAACGCGAACAUAUUGAUGGAUUCCACAAGCGACAAACUGAACAAAAUAAAUGUGAUAAGCAAAGAUAGUGAUGAUUUGGAUGAAUUGACAAUGGGGUCAGAAGCAAUUGGUGCCUUGCAUAGUGAUAUUGAAAUGGAAUUGACAAAAGACGAAUUAAAUGAUUCCAUAAGCAGUAACAGUAGUUCGGGUAGUAAGACUCCAUCGAAACAAUCAAAACGAUCGAAGAAACAACGUCAAACAGCAGCUACAACGGAUUCAGAACAUGGUGCCAAAAAAGAGAAACGUAGUAAGAAAACCAAAAAUUUGCCACCAACCGAAGAAAGACCACCUCUGGAAGGUGCUGAUGCCGAUCAAUGGAUUGAAAAUGACAAUACAGCCGACUUAGAAAAUGAUCCAGAGGCCGCUGAAUGGUCAAAGCUACGGUGCACAAAUGAGCGGUGCGAAGUAGUAGCCGAAAGAGAAUAUCGGCGACAAAAUCGAAGGUGUGCCGAUUAUCCAGGACUGGCUUUUGGCCGUUCAAUAUUCAGUUCGGAUACAAUGAUGAAAUUGAACAUCAUUCGAAACGAAUUGCACAAUAUUAUGAAAACACAAUUGAAACGGGCUGAAUCUGAAGUAGCCGCUCUUAAUCGUCGCAUUCAAUUGCUUGAAGAAGAUUUGGAACGUUCAGAAGAACGUUUGGGAUCAGCCACAGCUAAACUCUCAGAAGCAUCUCAAGCCGCUGACGAAAGUGAACGGAUACGAAAAGCACUUGAAAAUCGUACUAACAUGGAAGAUGAUAGAGUAGGCCUCUUGGAGCAACAAUUAGCGCAAGCAAAAUUAAUUGCUGAAGAAGCAGAUAAAAAAUAUGAAGAGGUUGCACGUAAGCUAGUCCUCAUGGAACAGGACCUAGAACGCUCCGAAGAGAAAGUCGAACUAAGUGAAAGCAAAAUCGUUGAACUAGAAGAAGAACUCCGUGUUGUUGGCAACAACUUGAAAUCUCUUGAAGUUUCGGAAGAGAAGGCUUCUGCUAAUCGGGAAACUGCCGAGGAACAAAUUUUAGCACUUAAAAAACAAUGCUCCAGUGCUGAAGCUCGUGCUGAAUUCGCUGAGCGUUCCGUUCAGAAAUUGCAAAAGGAAGUUGACAGACUUGAAGAUGAGUUUAUCAAGGAGCGAGAACGAUACGCAACGAUCGGAGAUGAUUUGGAUAAUGCAUUUGUUGAACUUAUCGGUGUUGAUGUGGUGUAUAACGACAGACAUCCAAAACCUCCAACACCUCCCAAGGAUCCAACACCGCCACCACCAAAAGAAGCAACACCACCAGAGGUUGCGCCCGAUGCGGUUCCUGUUGGUGAAGAUGGUCAACCAAUUGUAGUGCAACUUGGUGAAGAUGGCCAACCAAUUCCACCAAGUGCCGAUGCGGCAGCACCUGCAGAGCCUGAACCAGAACCACCAAAACCAAAGGGACCACCACCACCAUUUGAAUUCAAACUUGACUUGCCACCUGAGGGCGCCGAAGUACCAUUCGUGAAGAAUUACUCUCCACCUCCACCAGAACCAGAACCAGUACCUGUGCCUGAAGGUGAGAAGCCAGCCGAUGGUGCACCACCCGCCGAGGGUGAAAAACCAGCAGAAGGGCAACCACCAGUCGAAGGACAACCGCCAGUCGAAGGGCAACCACCAGUCGAAGGACAACCACCUGCAGAAGGUGAGAAACCAGCUGAAGCUGCACCAGCUGAAGCCACACCAGCCGAGGCUGCACCAGCCGAAGCCGCACCAGCAGCACCAGCUGAGGCCGCACCAUCCGAGGCUGCACCAGCUGAAGCACCACCAGCCGAUGCUCCAUCAGCAUAGACUUCUCAAUUACUUCAUCAUCCAAGAAAUUGUUGAUCAUUUCUUUUACAUUAAAACAAAAUAUUUGCUUGCCAAAAUUAUCGCUUUGCACGUUAAACCUUUUAACACUUGAGAAACAAAUUAAAAAAAAAAAA